GGUGAGAAUAUUCAUCCCAAAUUCUAUGUAUAAUCAGUUUAUUUUUAUCAGGCUCAAAAUGCACUUGUCAACGGGACUAAUCUUCGCAUCGAUGCUGGCUGUAUCUUGGGGGAGCAAAAUAUGCCCUCAAGACGCCAUCGAGACAACGCCACAAUUAUGUCCACGUCUCCCCAAAACGACCCAUCGUCUCAACACGAUCCGAGAUUUGGCCUGGAUUCUUACACCACGAACCUAUUUCCUAACCGCGGCCAACACGUUUACCUACGCCUCCAUUUAUCAAGCCCUACAUUCCACUUGCGCCCCUGAUUCGGCCUCCUUGGAGGGAAUGCGACUUAUGGCAUCGUACGCUUUUGGUGAUCUGACCCUCUCCUCCGGCUCUAAAUUUAUUCAUCUCACGUGCAUCCCAAAUUCGAGAGGGGUUCAAGGCGUGUGGUCCUUGGUGACGUCGCGACUCAAAAGAAUUCCCACCUACUCAAUGAACUGGGCAGGGAUAGAGGCAAAUUUGACCUCGCUUGCCGAAAAAAAUCCACAUUUGGAAGACGUUGUCGGAGAAAUGGGUCGAUUGCGGUGCAGACCACACCCACUUUGUCAGUCCGGAUCUAGCAAGGAUUUCCCAUUUUGUUCCAAGGGGUCUGAUCCGGGGGCUUUGGAAGAGGCGAAAUGGGUUCUUCGAUGGACGGAUCAUAUUUCAAAUGCUACGGCCGACGCGAGCGCGAUGUCGUUGGUGGGAUGUGUCGGGAAAGAUGGGGAAGCUGGUGCGCCGAGCUGGGGGACUUUGUCGACCGUCCAGCAACAAGGGAGGGGACCGAUUGAGGAAGUUUGGGAGGUUAUGAAGGGUCAUGGCUUUGGGGAAGGGUGGUUUGCGAGACAGAAUUAUUUAGGAGACUAUAAUAAUUGAAUACAUGAAUAAAAUUAUUAUGAGCCUGGUUUAUCUGUAUUAUGUAAA